GUAGAUGCCAACAAGUCUCUUUGUGUAUCCAGUUUUUUGCAAUUGUCACACCAUAAAUGAUCCUUCUUUUUUUGGGUGUUAUGGAUUGGGUUCCUGUGCAGUCAUGGCUGAGUUCUUAAGAUUUUUAGAAGAAGUUUAGGGUCCUAACAUCACCUUUGUCUGCUUUCUUGCCUAUCAAUUUUGGAAAAAACUUUCCUAACAUUAAAUAAUGGCUUAAUACUUAGAACUUUUCCACAUAGCUCAUCGACAAUACCUCUGUGCUUGUGCCUAUCAUGAAAGGGUUAGUUGUGACUUCUCCGUUUUGAAAAUAUUUGGAAGAGCCUGAGAGUCACCAUUGUGACAUCAGCUAACCUAAUUAAUUAGGUGAUUGGGCUCGGGCCCAAUCAUCAUAUUAAUCAAUCGUUAUCUUAUUGAUUAAUCGCUAUUGUAACAACAUAUAUGCUAACCUAAUUAAUAAGGUGAUUGGGCUCGGGCUCAAGGCGCACACUGCCUGUAUUGUUUCUUUUUCCCUCUCUGCUUUUUCUUCUUAUGUAAUAUCAAGGUUUAAAUUCGUUUAUUCUCUUUGCACGCUCGGCAUGUACAUUGAUUAUGUUGUGGACUGAACUAAAUAUGUUGUUACAGUAGCGAUUAAUCAAUAAGAUAGUCUAAUACAUAGUAAGACAUAUUUAUGCUGUGGUUGUAAACCUACCAAUUGCACCCUGCUGGUUGUGAUCCCAAUUUGGAUUGUGAUCACAGUUUGGGUAAUUAAAUCUUAGGCACUGCACUCGUAAGAUGGUUUCUUAUAUUUACCUCUUUUGAUUUUUAAUUGUACAAAAUCAUGCUUGUCAUUUGUUAGUUUCAACAACUUGAAGCUGGACAAAGGGUGUUCAGCUGAUCUGAAAAUGCUUCAGCUUUGUGGAGACAAUUUGUUCCUUCUGCUCUGCACUAUCAGCUUCAUUAUCAGUUUGAGUCAUGGAAUCAAGGUUGAUAGCAAAAUCUUGAAUGUUGGGGAGGAGUUACAGAAGGAGACUCUGCCGCUACAAUUGGGUUCUCGACUAUAUGGAUUGAGGGGGCUUAAGUCACAUUCUUGGUACGAAGUGAAGAUAUCAUUUCCUGCUUCUAUCCCUGCUACCUUUUCCUUGCAACUCAAGAGAGAUGAUUUAGGUUUAGAGCUAGGCAAGAACAGAAGAUUAUUAAACACUGAAAAGUUGAUUUUCAAGGUUGAUAGUCUUGAAAUGAUUAGUGAUCAGGAUGGAUGGUCUGUUUUGGUGAGCGUGGAGCCUGAGGGAAUUGUAGCAAUUCCUCAUCUACAAGAGAGGGAGUUCGUCACAUUCAAUAUAGUUUGUGAUGAGCUUUUAUUGGGCAUCCCGCACAAGGCUUGGUGGGUGGUAGCUUUGGCAUUGCUGUGUCUGGCUGUGGCACUUGUUCUUCCUGGAUUCCUUCCAUGUUAUCUGCUGCUAAAGAAUCAAAACCAGCAGACUUUUAGUCAGAAUGUUUGUAAGAAGUCUUGAGACCGAAAAUCAUUUAUUUACAUAAAGCUGAACUGUUUUUGUGCUCCAAGCUGUAUGCAUCGAAUCAAAUGCAUUCUCUGUAAUUACCUGCACAUUUUGUUUAAAGGGAGGUUUGGAAUAAUAAACUAAGUUUCUGUAAUUCAUUUGGAAAA